UUAAGGAGGUAGAAGAAGAAUAGGAAGCAAAUACCCGGAAAUCAGUCUGAAGGUCUUCUGUUAUGAGUUUAGGUAAUACGGCUGUGGAUAAGAACUUGACGUGAAAAUGGGCGUUAAAAUAGAGAUGUUCAGAAUGAUGCUCUAUUUAUCUUUUCCCGUGACCAUGUUUUGGAUCUCAAACCAGGCGGAGUACUUCGAGGAGUAUAUCGUUAAGAGAAAGAGGGAAAUCUUUCCACCGGACGAAGAAUCACGGCGGAAAGAGUUGGAAAACUUUAAAGAGCGGAUGCGUGUUCGAAGGGAGCAACAGCUAUUAAAAAAAAUGUCUGAAAACUGAAGUAAAAACAAAUUUCUGGCAAUAUUUGCUUGAGGAAAAGAGAUUGCUUUAAUCUGGCAUGAGACAACAGGAAGACCUGCAAGACUAAUGCGAUCUGAAGGUGUGCCUGGCAGUUUUCAAGGAUUUGCCUGAUGUUAAAUUUAAUAAUGACAUGUUUUUUAUACAAGAUUUAUUUAUGUUGCAAUUGCUUUUUCUUCUUUGGGUAUUUGUGAUACUAUGUUACACAUAGUUUUCUGGAACUGCAUAUUUUUAUGUGUGAUGCAGAUUAAACAUAUACUCUGAAUGUAUUUUA